UGCAUUUAUCUCUAUUAUUAAAUAUAAUAAUAAUAAUAUUGUCAAUUCGAAAUUGAUUCGCACUGGAAUUGGUUAGAGUUGGCAGUGUUGUUGUUGGUUCAUCAUCAACACCAUCACCACCACCACCACCACCACCACUAUUACUACCACCACCACCAUUGCGAAGCUCAUUUAUAGUGCCUCCUAGUGGUGUUAUUGCCAAUGCAAAUAACAUUAGUAUUGGCACUAACAACAACGGUAUAAGUGGUGGCGGAAAUAACGGUACUAUCGAUACUAUUCCGAUAUCCGUUAGUACUAAUCAUCAUUCUAUUGUUUCAUCUUCAUACGUUGUUGGUAAAAGCGGUGGUGGUGGUGGUGGCGGUAUUAACGUUAGCACUGGAGUUGACGAAGAAGAAGAAGAAGACGACGACGACGACGAAGAAGAAGAAGAGGAAGAGGAAAUUGUCAAUUUGCCUAUUAAUCAUCAUCAUUAUCGUCAUCGUUAUUCUGCAUCACUCACAUCAAAAAGGGGUUCAUUCAAUCGUCGGCCCAGAUUUCGUAGUGGCAGUGGUGGUAUAUUGAUUCAACGACAAUUGUCUUCAACAGCAAGAACAAACGACGGUGUAUUGUUUCAAAGACACGCAUCGAUUGGUUGUUCACCAAAUCUUCGAAAUCGGGCCAUCAAUUUAGAUAGGUCUGAUCACCAAGAAUUGAUCGAUAAUAGUUCCGGUCAUCACAUAUCGACACCAUUUUGGCAUUCAAGCCAUCGUUCCCUUGCAACAACCAUAACAACGGGUUCAUCGCCACAUCUUAGUAGUGUUGGUGGUGGCAAUAUUACUCCAUUACAACUAUGUCGUUGUGGUUCUGGUGGCGAUCCGCUUUUAAUACCGUCCGCGUCCAAUACACCUCCUCCUCCUUCUCAUACAUCAUCAUCAACAGUGCCACACCAGACACCACCCCUAUCACAUCAUCAUCACCAACAACAACAUCAACAUUAUCAUCAAUUGCCUCAUCAUUCAUCUGUUGCUUAUAUGCGCCUUGCACAAUCGCUGCCAUCGACACCAAAUUCUUCCCAAAGGCGAGCUCAGCAGCCUCAUCCUAUUCAUCAUUCAGUAGCUUCAUCAUCACCAAUGCGGCCUUCUAUUUGUCAUCAGCAGCCAUCAUUGUUACCAGAACAUUCGCAUCAUCAUCUUCAUCAUUCUCAUCAUCAACAGCAGCAACAGCAACAACAACAUUAUCCUCAUCAUCCUCUUCAUCAUCAAAUCGAUUCAAAUUAUCCAAAUCAAACAGGAAGUGUGGGUAAUGUUCAUUUUGCCGGCGUUGUAUUACCAACGUCAGCAGCAUCGCAUCUUCUCCAGAAAAAUAGUUAUAGAGAACAACCACCAAUACAACAGUCACCAUAUGGAAAUCAUUAUGGAUCAACGAAUCUUGUUGGUGCCAAUUGUAUAGGUAUCGGUGCCUCAUCAAGUAGUGCUGCAACCACUGUUGCGCCUUUAUUACCUGUAUCAAAUGAUAGUCCAGCUUCAUAUCGAUCCGGUCAUCAACUUAGCCAAACAACAAGCGAUCACAAUAGUGCAACAGCAAUACCAUCGGGUGAUCUUCAUCUACAACAUCCACCUCCUUCUUUACCUCCACAACAACAACAUCAUCCACAUUCACAUCAACCAGUGCCACAAACAUCACAUCAGCAUUCUGGUCCACCGAUUCCGGCAUCACACGCUCCACCACAUCAUUCAAGACCUAGUACAAGUGGUGGUGUUACUGGUUCUGGUGAUGGUUCCGGUUUACCAAAAACAACAUUUCGUGUAUUUCAAAAUUGGACUCGUAAUCCACGCCGUUGUUCAUCAUCACAACAGGCUAAUAAUAGAAAUUUUGUUCGUCGUGGUUUUGGUGACAAUCUUCGAUCGUCUUCCUCCGUCAUGCAUCGAUAUACUUCACAUGGCCCAUUAUCAUCAUCAUCGGCUCCAUUGAUGAAACUAUCCACAUUAGUUAUUGUUUUACUUGCUUUCUUAAUCAUUGGUUUUAUUGUUUUAUCGCCACUUUUUCAUUAUCUCAUGUGAUAAUAUAUAUAUAUGGUGACCACACACACACACACACAUACACACAAAUACUGACAGAUUGCAUGAAGAGAUAACGCAUAUAAUGGACCUGAAAAAAAGAAUCUCUGAUCAAAAAACCGAAUUAAAAUGAUUCUGAUUUCAUUAGACUGAUUUUGAAUAUAAAAAAAGUCCAUCCGUUGCUGUCAUCGUAAAUAUUUUUUGUUGUUGUUGUUGUUUUUAUUGUUUCACAUUCAUAUACAUACGAAAAAAAACCACCAACAAACACAACCGACAUGAACAGAAAUGAGAAAAAAUCAACAAACAGACACAUUUUCUAGACAAUUUAGUCUAGGUUUUGAGAUAUACCAUAAUAAUAAAAUACUGUUAUAAUAGCCAUUAUCAUUAU